AUGCCUUCGAGCUCGUCAUCGUUACCCAAUACCAAGGAGCUUAGUAUCGAAGAUGAUUGGACUAGGGUGAAGGAUCCAAAGGAAAAGAAGAGAAUACAGAAUCGGGUGGCACAGAGGACAUAUCGUCAUCGAAUGAAGGCAAGGCUUGGAGAGCUUCAAGCCAGGUUAGAUAGCCACGAGAGGCAGAGAAUCCAUGCAGUUUCCCAUGGUGGGAAUGAGAUGGCACAUGGGGUGACUGGUGUGCCCCUUACGUUUAACCCCAAUGCUCUUACCACAACUAGCCAUUCCAACGUCAACAGCCUUGCUAGUCUCAACUCGAUCUUGACGCCAUCUCAUGGUGGAGAGACGUCCCAAUCGCCAUUGGGCAACGACCAGCACCCGCCUGCAUUACCUAUGCUCCAGACCAAUAUAUACGAUCAUCUUGCAGAAGAGUCGGGUCCUUCGUUAUUCUCGCACAAGACGCAAUUUCUGAAUAGCCCACCGAACUCUCAUACAUCUCCUCAGAAUCAGAACGGAUUGUCUUCUCCUCCCGGGAGACCAGAUUCUGAGAAGCCAAACAAAGUAUCUCAAGAUUUUGUCCUUGAUUGUCUCCGUUUUCAGACGCGGCUCUUAAACAGACUCAAUACCCUUGAACAGGACUCUGGCUGUUCGAGUCAAGGCACUUACAGUCAGACUGAUGGACUUUCACAAUAUGGUAUGAGCCAAGACCAAAUUGCCUGCAUGAGAACUUUUACCCCAACUCACACAGAAAGUGUGGAAUUUGCAUUUGAGAGUGCAAACGAUGGUUGGAAAGCUGAUAGCUUCCCCCACAAGCUUCGCCAAUCUUCUUCAACCGGAUCCAUGAGCUAUUCUCCAAUGUUGGAGCCACCGGCGACACGACUUGAAACCGACAUGUGUCCAAGUACUCACCACAGCACCAGCUCCCCUCAAGGACCAACGGGAAGUGUUCCGAUUCCAGCGCGGGACGCAGCCACGGAUGAGCGUGUGGAAAGGAUAAUACAGUAUUUGCAGUCAAUUGGCUUCGAGAGCUUCGACGACUUGGCUGCGGCUUAUUAUAGUAGGGCGUGCAGCGAUAUGUCACCAAUGACAACUGGACAACACAUCAGCAGAAACAGGCGGCUAGCGAAAGUAAUACUCGAUGUAUUGCAGGCAGCUGACAACUGGACACAGUGGGAGCGCCGUAGCUUCCAUGAGGAGAUUCUCAGAGUUGCGGAGUCGGUGGUGACUUCAGAGAUAUCAGCCAUGGGCGAUUCCCUCGCAUCUCAAAUUGCGUCUCUUGCAGAAACGCUGGGUUUCCAAGAUUCAAACAAAGCAGAUUCCUUGGAGUCUAUGAGGAACUUGAUUCAACACGAGCUGGUCCUUGAAUAUGAUUCUUGCCAACGGGAAGGGGUCUAG